AGACACCAUGCCUGGAGAUAACGACGACAGAGUACCAAAACGCCGGAAGCGAGUCAUAACUCCGGCGCGGAAAGAACAGAACCGGGUCGCCCAACGGGUUUAUCGGCAAAGGCAAAAAGAACGACUACAGCGAGAAAAACAUAUCGCUAGACCAUCUUGCACGCCCAGAAUCCUACAGCCAAUCCCAGCUGUAAAAUAUGUGCAAGCACCACCUGUAGAUCCGAUCUGUUGUACGGCAGAAUCUCCAGCAGUACAUCCAGACACUCGAGAGAGGCAAUGCUUAGCACCGAUAAAGUUAACUCUGGAUCAUUUAUUUCCUUCAGAGAGCGCUCGUAAUACACAUAAUGGAGAUGCACAAUCUCAGCGCAUUGAGGAGCAUACUUCGAAUGAGAACACACCGCCAUCAAGUUCCAUAGAGAUAAUGUUACCUGACCCGUACCAGAACACUCUCGAAUCAACACAUACUAUGCUUCUCCGCGCAUGCCUUCACAAUGCCCAAUGCCUUGGAAUCAGCAUCAAGCAAUUCUUCAGCUAUGAGUGCAUGUCUCUUUGUUCACCAUUCUAUCGACCCCACACUACCAUGUCGGAUGACCCUCACGCCCUCAUCAAGAACGUUUCGAGUCCAUCUACCCCUGCGCAUCUCCAACCAACCUUGCCUCAGAUCCUCUUUCCUCAUCAUCCGCUGUUAGACCUGCUUCCAUUGCCUUUAUUAAGAGCCAGAGCGGUCAUGUUAGCUGCUACGGCACCCACCUCGAUAGAUGCCGGCGACCUAAAGAGAGAUAUCGUGGAAAGGGCGGGUAUUAUUUGCCAGGGCGAGCAGCCCUGGGAGAUGCGCAGUUGGGUGGCUGCGCCAUGGUUCUUAAAGAAGUGGAAGCUGCUACUGGGUAAUUUCUAAGUUACCUUGAAGCUGUGAGCAUUGUUUCGAAACUUGCUGGCCGAAGGUUUAAGCUCUGUAUAGCCUUUCGUUCGUGCUGGUAAUGAAGCUGUUCGGUGGACUUCAUAGUGCGAUUUUGGGUUAUAUAUAUUGGGCUGGAGCUUGGGAAACAUGAUAUAGCUGGUCACAAUUGUCCCGAGCUCCUGGUAGAUGUGAGGUGCAUGUUGAAGGGCUUUCGAGGGAAAGAACAAAGUGCUCGGCAUGAAUAUUAAUGCGCAGUUAAAACGAGAAGGAAAUCGAUGGAUCCGCUGAAGAGAAAAUAAAAUGUUUCAAGGAUAGACAGAUAGCUACAAUAUGCCUCGAUUGUCUUUCAGUCAGAGGGGGCAUUCAUAGGAGGUCAUAUUCUCAUAUAGGAGACCAUAGUAGGGCAGCUCAACGAUUGCCCACCUAUGUGUGGUAUUUUCACAGGCCUCGGCCAUAGGUGGGUGAGGCUCCCGAAUAUUCCUACGAGGAUUGAGGAUUGCAUUACACAGAUGGGCCUUCCCCGUGCAGUGACAC